AUGCGCUUCUUACCUGGGCUGGGAGCCCUGCUUGCUACACUACUCGGUGCUAGCCCAGUACUCAGUGUUGACACAGAGCGAGCCGAUUCAUCUCUUCUUGUUUCCGCCUCUGGUGACAAAGCGAUUAUUCCAGGAUGGAAUCUCCAAUCAAUCACCAAAGUCUCGGACGAUAUGCCCGCUCUUUCGCAACCCGGCGUGGAUGUGUCGUCGUGGUACCGCGUCAGUGCCCGCGGCACGAUCAUGGCCGGCCUCAUUGAGAACGGCGUGUAUAAUGAGACCGAGCUGUGGUUCUCAAAUAACAUGGAGUCCGAAACUGACCGCUCCCUUUUUGAGACCCCUUGGUUUUAUCGGGAAGAAUUUUCAGCAAGCCCCUCUGCUCGGAACUUCUUUCUGUUGAAAACUAACGGAAUCACGUCCAAGGCAGACAUCUACAUGAAUGGACGGAAGGUCGUUUCUAGUGAUCAACAGCAAGGCUCCUACGGAGGUCAUCAAUACAACGUGACCGAGUACAUUCGGAAAGGUAGAAAUUGCCUAUUGAUCCGUGCUUAUCCUACGAACUAUCUGCGCGACUUUGCUAUAGGGUUUGUGGAUUGGAAUCCUUAUCCGUAUGACAAUGGCACCGGCAUUUGGCGUCAUGUGGAGUUAUCGCAGACCGGCCCGGUCUCCAUGUCGCCGAUGCGGGUGCUAACCAAUUUUAUCAAACCCGGGGAGCCUCGUGAGCAAGUUAUAGCAACCGUCCGCACAGACUUAAACAACUGGUCGGCCAAAGAGGUCCAUGUUGUGGUGAACGGCACUAUUACCGAAGAUGGUGGCUCUUCAAUCCCCUUUUCGGGUUCGCUUGUUCUGCAACCUUAUUCAGAUCGCACCUUUUCUCUCGCAGUCCCAAUCAAGAAACCAAAGAUUUGGUGGCCCGCUGAAUGGGGCAGUCAGCCCUUAUAUACAGUCAAUGCGACGACUUAUGUGCAGAAUGAUGGCCUAGCAGUGUCCGAUCGCUCUGGUCCCCAGGAAUUUGGUAUUCGCCGCGUGACUUCCGAUCUUAAUAAGUUCAAUGACACGGCAUUCCGUGUUAAUGGAGCACCUUUUCAAGUCAGGGGAGCUGGCCUUGGAACGGAUAUGUUUAUGCGAUUCGACGAGCAGCGCAUCCGGCGUAUCUUUCAGUAUAUGUUAGACAUGGGCCUUAAUACUGUACGUCUUGAGGGCAAGCAAGAACAGCCAGAGAUGUAUAACCUUGCUGAUCGCAUGGGUAUGAUGAUUCUGGCUGGGUGGGAAUGCUGUGACAAGUGGGAGGGGUGGAAGUACAACGACGAGGCCGACGGUGUGAAAUGGGACGAUAGAGACUAUGUGAUUGCGAAAUCACAAAUGCUCCAUGAGGCGGAGAUGAUGCAAGCGCAUCCGAGCAUGCUGGGAUUCCUGGUAGGAUCCGAUUACUGGCCAGAUGAACGCGCCACCAAGGUAUACCUGGAAGCGCUCGACCAUAUGGACUGGCCCAACCCCAUCAUUGCAUCAGCUGCCAAGCGCGGAUACCCGGAAGCUCUGGGACCGUCCGGCAUGAAAAUGAAUGGGCCAUAUGAUUGGGUGCCUCCCAAUUACUGGUAUGGGACCAAGGAAGGAGCUGCAUUUGGGUUCGGAACUGAGCUUGGUGCUGGAGUCGGUACACCAGAGCUUCAAAGCCUCAAGAGAUUCUUGUCUGAAGAAGACUUGCAAAUGCUUUGGACUGAGCCAGAUGCAGGCUUGUAUCAUAUGUCCAGCAAUGUCUCGCAAUUUUACCAUCGAACUAUCUACAACAAGGCACUCUACUCUCGCUAUGGCAAACCGUCCAGUUUGGAGGACUACUUAAUGAAAUCUCAAAUGGCGGACUACGAAGCCACCAGAGCCGAAUAUGAGGCGUACUCGGCAAACCAAAACGCAACGCGCCCAGCGACGGGGCUAAUCUACUGGAUGCUUAAUGGAGCAUGGCCAAAUCUACACUGGCAGCUGUUUGACUACUAUCUCAGCCCGAUGGGCGCGUAUUUUGGGACAAAAGUUGGGGCCCGCAUGGAGCACGUUGCUUACAAUUAUCAGGACCAUACAGUUUCCCUGAUCAACCACUCCUUGAAACAGAAAGGCAAGCGAGUCAUCGUGGUCGAGCUGAUCGAUAUCAAUGGGAAGAAAAUUACCGGAACGAGGAUGACAGCGAAUACCUCUCCGACCUCAUCGAAGUCGAUUGGAACUGUGACUGGUAUCGACAAGAUUAAAGGUGUUGCAUUCUUGCGUCUAAUCCUUCGUGACCCGAAAAUAAGGCACGAUUUGAGUCGUAAUGUCUACUGGCUAUCUCCUUCAACAGACGUGCUUGCUUGGUCUAAAUCGAACUGGUACUAUACCCCAGUCACGGACUAUGCGGACUACACUACACUGAAUACCUUGACACCUGUCACUGUGAAAGCUUCUCUGGUUGCUGUCAAGUCAAAAACAAAAAAUGGGAUGACGCAGGCCGAGAUUCAGUUGGAAAACAAGGCCAAUGUUCCGGCUGUUUUUGUUAGGGCCAAUGCUAUGGAUUCGUCAACUGGAGCUGAGAUUGCACCGGUGUACUGGUCGGACAACUACGUGACACUUUGGCCAAAAGAGAAGUUACAUCUAACGGUUGCCUUUGAGGGCGACUUGAAGACCACCAUGUUUGAGAUUACGGGCAAGAAUGUGAAGAAAGUGGCUGUGAAAAACACUGGCUCAAAGUGA